CGGUACGGACUAGGUAGAAGAGCAAUGUUCCAAUUUCUGAUUGUGUUGCUUCCAUGUACUUAUUUAUAUAUAAUACAGUGCGUAUGUGUAUGUACAUAGCGAGAGAGAGCCGUCAACUAGUGUCUGUCCGCUGCCAAGCCAAAACUUCCCUUUCCGUCCAAAAAACCAAAAAUGUCUUUUCCAUCAGCAAAAAAGAAAUGCAAAAAAAUCAGUCGAUACACCAGCCCACACAACCCAUUCCAACCAAAGCAAGAGUAUUCCAGCGCCGCCGUCCAAUGGUGAAUACGCGUCUGCAGAAUUGCUUCCCUCGACAGUAGUAUUCAUUGCUUAGGUCCGUCCAGCAUCCUUAGUUACCUGAAGGAGUGGAUUAACGGACACCACCGGACUCGAACUGGGCUCUCGGCCAAGGUCAGG